AAACCAUAUCCCUUAUUUUUCCAUUUUGGUCUCGGGGGUUUAAACAAAAACCCUAAAUUUUGCCGUCGCCGAAGAGGAGUAACACAGAAGAUCAUGAAGAGAAGAUUUUCUCACAGAAAAGCUCGCCGUGUCAACUUACUCCCCGAAGGUGACGAUGUUGUUGAUGAGGGGCUUCAGAAGCCAGAUGAUGAGAUGAAUCACUCGCCCGUCGAUGAAGAUCUUCUCGGAAUGGGCAAAUAUUACUGUUUACAUUGCGAUCGUUACUUUGCGGAUGUGACGAUGAGGGAUGAGCAUUUCAGGACAAAUCGACACAAGAAGCGGAAUGUAGAUUCAACUAUGCUGGAUGAAAGCUCAGCGUCUGAUUCCAAUGAAAUUACUGAAGAAGAAGAAGAAAAAGAAGUAGAAGGAGAAGAAGAAAAAGAAGAAGAAGAAGAAGGUGACGACAAAGCUGCUGAGAGGGAUAUUGGUUGUUGCAGUAAAAGAAUAAUGAGAACGUGUGAAAGCUCUCAUCAAGGAAAUAGGAAACUAAUUCAAUCCAAGUUGAAAAAGGCAGGGCGCUCAAUGGCUGCAUGCCUUACUUCUGAUCGAGUAGCUAAAGUGCAAAAUGGGAAAGGUGGCAAGGUGAAGCAAUCAUCAAUCAAAGAUGCCUAUAAAAAAAAAUUAAGAGAUCGAGUGUGUAAGCAAUUAGCAAGGUGGAUGUAUGAUGCUGGAAUAUCAUUUGAUGCUGUCAAUUACGAUAGCUUUCCAAUCAUGAUUGAAGCUAUUGGACAAUAUGGCCCAGGUAUGAAACCACCCACUUAUCAUGAAGUGCGGGAUUCUCUACUCAAGAAAGAGUUGGAGCACACACAAAACUUGAUGAAAGUUCAUGAAGAGGAUUGGGUAAGAAAUGGAUGCUCAAUUAUGGUAGAUGUAGGGAAGGACAAGAGGGAGAGGACUAUCAUUAAUUUUUUAGUAAAUUGCUCUAAGGGAACCAUGUUUAUUGAAUCCAUAGAUGCUUCUUCCUAUAUAGAGCAUGAUGUAAAAAUGUUUCAAUUGCUUGAUAGAUUUGUAAAGCAUAUUGGUGUAGCCAAUGUGGUCCAAGUUAUCACAGACACUGCCUCAAGUAACAUAGUAGCGGGAAGAAUCUUGGAAGCAGUGUACCCACACUUAUUUUGGUCUCCAUGUGCCGCUUAUUCUUUAGACUUAAUGUUGGAAGACAUUGCAAAGUUGCCAAAUAUUACGAGAACAAUAAGACGAGCAAUGGUGUUAAAUGGUUAUAUUUACAAUCGUGCGGGUGUACUGGACAUGAUGAGGCAUUUCACUGGACGAAAGGAGUUGUUUAGGCCUGCAAAAACCCGGUUUACUACUGCCUUUGUCACAUUAUCAAGCAUUCAUCGUCAAAAGGAUAACUUGAGAAAGAUGUUUACUUCAGAAGAUUGGACCACUAGUAAAUGGGCAAAAGAGAAGCAGGGUAAAAGGGCAGCUCAAAUUGUUUUGAUGCCUUCAUUUUGGAAUAACAUAUCCUAUAGUGUUAAGGUGUCAAAUCCUCUUCUUGGUGUACUUAGAAUAGUUGAAGGUGAAAAGAAGCCUCCUAUGGGAUUUAUUUACGACGCUAUGAAAAGGGCCAAAGAAACUAUUGCUACUGCUUCCAGAGGGAAUGAAGGAAAGUACAAGGACAUUUUUGAAAUUAUCAAUAGGAGGUGGGAAAUUCAACUCCAUCGUCCUUUGCAUGUAGCUGGAUAUAUUUUGAACCCUGAAUUCUUUUAUGCAAAUCGAAGUAUUCAGCGGGAUAAAGAGGCUCUGAUGUGUUUGUAUAAAUGCAUAGAAAGAUUGGUCCCAAGUGUUGACGUGCAAGACAAAAUUUCUGAAGAGUUGAUUUUAUAUACGAACGCUGAGGGUCUUUUUGGGACAAGUAUGGCUAUUAGACAGAGAUGUACAAGGGCACCAGCUAAAUGGUGGGAUUCAUAUGGUUCUUUAACUCCGCAUUUGCAAAAGUUUGCAUUAAAAGUUCUUAGCCUCACUUGUAGUGCAUCUGGCUGUGAAAGAUAUUGGAGUACAUUUGAACAUCUUCAUAACAAGAAGAGAAACAUGGUAGCUCAGAGUCGUUUAAAUGAUCUGGUGUUCAUCAAGUAUAAUAGAGCAUUGAGAUGUCGAUAUAAUAUGCGUGACAGCAUUGAUCCUAUCUCCGUAAAAGACAUCGAUGAUAGCAAUGAGUGGUUGAUUGAAAGGAUUCAUGGUGAUUCACAUAGAAAUGAGGAAGAGGCAAAAUCGGAGGAGACAGAUGAGGAAGAAGAGGAAGAUCCUGAAGGUUAUGAAUCUUACAGUUACAAUGAGGGGGAAGAGGCAAAUUGGGGAAAGGAGACAGAAGAGGAAGAUCCCGAGGGUUAUAAAUCUAAUAAUGAGGUGGAAGAUGAUGAUGUUAUGUCCGAUGAAGAGGAUAGUUUUUGGGUCUAGUAGGUCAUCAUGCGUGUAAAGCAAAUGAUGGUGCCUGCACUACAUACCUAACUCGAUGCCGACCUAGCUUCUGUGAUGGGAAUGCCACAUAAUGGUCCAAAGCCAAUGUCGAUGUGAGCUCAAUGGAUGAUUGUCUUAUGUGUUGGUAGCUUGAGGAUUGCUCUCUUGGUGCUGGAAGAUUUUGUUUUGAAUUUGUAAUGUAAGAAUGAUCUUUCCUGUCACAGUUACUUUUAUGAAAUUAUGAUAAAAUGAUCUAUCUUGUCACAGUUACUUUUUAUGUCGGCAAAGCUACUACUAAAAAUUAAUCAAUAUUCUGGUUGGUUUGCUCA